AUGACCUAUUCGCCCGAAGCGCACUCGCGCUCACCCACCGAGCCCACCAUGGCCAUGUCCAUCCCCAUCCCUUCCGUACACGCCCCCUACACUUCUGAGCGCUCGCUGGGCGGACGUCCCCUCCUCUCACCGUCGUCGUCGCGUUCCCCCACCCAGUCGUCGCUGUCCUCGUACCGCGCCCAUCCCUACCCUCGUCGCCACAGCGUCAGCACCCAGGCGUCACUGUCCCCGCGCGAGGACCCAUCGCGCAUCUACCUUCCCCCUCCCAACUCUGGUGCUCCUCUGCAUGUCUUGCACGAGAGACACGAGCGCGACGCCCGUGACCCCCGCGACCCCCGGGAGCAGCGCGACCCGCGCUCGCCUCAUGAGAGCCACAGCCACCGUGAUGUCCGUGACGCCCGAGACCGUGAAUGGCGUGACCGUCGCCCAUCGCUUCCGCGUGCUCACAGCGAGAGGUAUCCUGGUGAACGUGGUUUCCACCUGCCAUCGUUUGCAAGCAUCUCGGCAUCGGCACAUGGCUCGCCCAUCCAGCACAACACGGGCCCGCUGACGCCCACGUCGGUUCCCAGCGGCACGAUGGGUCCUCCCGCGGCUCUUCCCGCCACUUCCCCCGGCAGUUCUCGCGCAGCCAGUCCGAAACUAUUUUCGCUUGGGGGUCUCCGACCCUCGUAUUCGUACGACCAGAACAACACACAGCCGGCACCAUCUUCCGCCCGCAGCGGCCCCACACUGGGCCUCUCCACGCAGGGCGGCGGCGGUGGGUCCAGCUGCUACCGCAACGACCCGUCACCGCCAAGGUCGUACCCACCCCCCGCGGACCGCGCAUCUCCACCUCUCCGCGCCAUCAACGGCUACUCGCCCGAGACUUAUUUGCAGCAGCCGGCCGGUGGCCGGUCGCGCUCGCACUCUGCUGCGUCCGCACUGAGCCGAUAUGGGGCACGCAGUGCCGGUUCGUCUGACGGGGGUGACUGGGCCGCGCCUCCUACGCCACGUGAGACCCCUCAGUACACGCCCAGUGGCGGACACUCGAGCGGGGGAAACGGCAGUGGAGGCAAUGGUGGUGGCGGACAGAGCCGCCGCCUGGCCCACCUCAUGUCUGAGCAAAAGCGCCGAGAGUCAAUCAACACUGGAUUCCAGUCGCUCCGGACGGCUCUUCCGUCAUCCAUCCCCACCGACUCCAAGGCCAUCAUCCUCCGCAAGGCCGUCUCGCACAUCACCCAUCUCGAGGCCCUGCUGCGCAAGGCCGGGAUCCCCAUCGCGCCCUCGCCGCCCGGCCUGAACCGCGGCGACUCGGGCAGCACGCGCGGCGAGGAGGAGGACGAGGAGGACGACUCGAACGACGUCGUCAUGCGCGAGACCACCGGCGCCGUCGCCACCCUCAAGAUGGACAAGGGCGGCUGGGAGAACGUGCACGUCGAAGACGUCGAGGUCACCGACGCCAAGCCCGCCGUCAAGGUCCGCGGAUGA